CCCACCACAAAGGAAUUGCCAAUUGUGGAGAAGCAGUUCAAACUAGUAGAAGAAGAGUUCAAUCGACAGAUGGGUGCUUAUCAUCCAGAGGUUAAAAUCAACAGAGAUAGAGCCACAAUCACUUUAGAAGGCCCUGACAAAGAGGUCCAGUCAGGAACUGCAAAACUUGAUGAAUUGAUUAAGAACAUAAAGGAGAAGAGAGUUAAGUUCUCCACAUUUUUGCUAACAUUCAUCACAACCAGUGGUGCCAUCUCCAAAUACCAAACUCACUUCCAGCAGAGCCUCAGAAAUCCUGUUUACCUUGAGGUGGGUUCAGAUCUGGUUCUGUCCAGUUUGUCCUCUGAUGCUCUGAAUGAGGCUGAAGCAGCAGUGAUGAGAGACUUUAAAGUGGAGACUGUACUGCUGCAGGGUGUUGUAGAUCUUGGCAGGGUGAAAGAAAUCCUGAUGAAAGCCAAGAACGAGGAAAACAGGAGAGAGCUCAGAGUGGAUAUCAGCUUCAUCCCUGGAGCCAGAGGAACUGCUGGGACCAAAGUACGAUUGGUGGGCUACAGUGAAAAUGUCAUCAAGCUCAAUGAGGUUCUUCAUGACAUCAAGAUGAAUCAAGUGGAAACUCAAGAAACCAUCAAUCUGCCCAAUCCUGAAAUGGUCGACUGUUUUGAUAAAAUCUUAGCCCUGAUCGGCAUGAAACAGACCAAGGUGACCUUAAAAGCGUCACAUUUCCCAAAUCCUUGUGUGUUUGUGUCUGGUCCUCAAUGUCAUGUUCAGGAGGCCAAGGAGGCCCUAACAUCAACUCUUACUAGUAUGACAGUAGACACUUUGACUCUAGAUGGACCAGGGGCUCAGCAAUACUUCCAGGCAGAUGGUAAAGUGAGCAAAGAGCUGGUAGAGAGCUCCUGUCGCGUCAUUAUCCAAGAAAAGCAAGCUGUGAUGUCCUCACAUGUGUAUAAUAGACCACGAAGCACCAGCAGGCUCAGCAACACACCUAGUUCUCUGAUCUACAGUAGCAUGUACAGCACUGUUGGAAGCUCUGCGGUCAACAAAACAAACCUGAAGAUCAAGCUCAGCAGUUUGGAAAAUGAACAGGUGGAUGUUUUGGUGGUCCCCAUGCUCAACAAGCAGCUGAAUUCUACAAAUAUUGGCAAGUGUCUGUUGAGUAAAGCUGGCAACACUUUAAAGUCAAAGUUUGAUUCAGUCAUAGCGAAUUGUGCCCUCACCCCUGGUGAUGUUCAGCUGGUUGAUGCACCUCCAUCUCUGGGCUGCUCCAAGAUUUCCUUCAUUGAGUGCUUGCCUUGGGAUGGAGUGAGAGGACAGAGUGUGCAGGCUCUUGGCAGUGGGUUGAAGAAGUGUUUGGAGUUCUGUGUCCAGCGGAGCUUGAGUUCAGUUGCCUUCCCAAUUAUUGGACCAGGAAUUGUUUUAAAAUACCCCCUGAAAGAAGCCAUUCAAGUGCUGACUGAUGUCAUUCACCAGUUUGGAUUAUCUGCAUCCACUGGGUCUCUUACAAACAUCCAUAUCGUCAUUAAACCUGGCUAUCCUGAUUCUGAGGCGUGCUACCAUGAUGUCUACAAACAGCUCAGCCUAAAUAUGAACCAGGGAGGCCAAGCAAUCUUCAGGUCCCUCACCAGUGACCUAGAUGACAUCAUCAUGGCACUGGGAAGCAGGGUAAAGCUCCAUGUGGUGUUUGGUGACAUCACUAAUGAGACUACAGAUGUUGUCGUGAACACAACCGACUUUCAAACUUUUGAUGUUGAUGGCGUAUGCAAAGACAUCUUAACUGUAGCUGGACCAGAGGUGGAAGCUGAAUUGAAAGCAGCACAAGUGAACCGAGGAGAAAUUUAUGUGACCCAGUCUGGAAACUUCCCCUGUAAAGCCAUCUUUCAUGUGUGUGGACAAAAGGAUGAAACUGUCAUUGAACAGCUUGUGUGUGAUAUCAUUUCCUAUUGUGAAUGGUAUCAAUACACCUCUGUGGCAAUUCCUGCCAUCUGUGCUGGAGCUGGAGGGUUGGACCCUGUCGUUGUGGCAGGUGCCAUUCUUCGAGCGAUCAAAGCUUGCACGUCAUCCAUAGAUAGCCUCACUGACAUCCGCCUCAUCCUGAUGAAGAUCAAUGUCUUCUUGGCUUUUAAAGAGGAAGCGAUGCAGAUGUUUUCCCCCGCUGUAAUCAACAGAGUGUCAUUUCAAGAACCACAACAACAGCCUCCUCCUUCUAUGAGUACAUGCCUCAGCAGUCUCCAUAUCAGCUUUACAAGUCAGCAAUCUGUCUUCAUGUUCCUGGGUCCUUCCAAAAAAGAGGUUGAUGAUGCCAUGGAAAAGCUGAAGCAUCAAUAUCAGACCCAGUGCUCCAGUAACACCUUCUCAAAGGAGGAAGUGGAACUCCUCACACAUGAUGACAUGAUGGAUCUGAUGGAGCUGGUGAAGGCUGAGGGGCUGGUCAUGCAAAAGGAUCAGUCUGGAGCCCUAACAGUGAGCGGGCUAAAAGAUGGGGUCGCCCGGGUGAUGCAAAAAAUGUGUCAGUGUCAGUACGGCACCCUCGUAAGAGAGGUGAGAGUCAGGGAGGAGGAUGAUUUGUACAACAGAGUGGUUUGGUGCAUCCUGGCUCAUAAUGGUAACUGGGAAAGGCUUCCCAAAACAGCCAAUCACAAACUGGAAAUUAAAGAAUUAACAAACGGAAUAAUAGAUGGACAGGGGCUCACAUGGGAGGUUAAUCUACAGACGAUGGAGGCCACACGACCACUGAGCAGACAGACAGCAAAGCUGAAAAGACUUGAGAAUCUGCCAGACUUUACGUUCCCUCUAUACUGGGACAAUAUGGCUGCUACUGAGACUAUGAAGGUGGUUACACUGGAUCCUUCCUCUGCAGAAUACCACACAGUGAAGGAGGACUUCAAACGAACUGUCAGCAAGACUGUGAUGAAGAUUGAGCGUUUGCAGAACAUUCACCUGCGGCGCGCCUACGAAGCACAGAAGAAAAGCAUUUCUGAUAAGAACGCACAGGAGGGCGGAGCAGGGGAAAAACUUCUGUACCACGGGACAACCCAGGAAAACUGCAACUCCAUCAUGAACACUGGAUUCAACAGGAGCUUUGCUGGGCAAAAUGCAACUGUAUAUGGUAUUGGGACAUAUUUUGCUGUAAAUGCCAGCUACUCAGCCAACCCCACCUACUCCAGACCAGCUGCUGACGGUUCUCAGUUAAUGUUCGUCACCCGAGUCCUCACAGGCAUCUACACUCAGGGCCAAAGCAACAUGAAGGUGCCUCCACCUCGGAACAGCCUGCAGCCUCACGACCGCUAUGACAGCGUUGUGGACAAAACGGACAACCCCACCAUGUACGUUGUGUUUCAUGACAACCAAGCUUAUCCUGACUACCUCAUCACAUUCAAGUGAGAGUGAGGAGAAAGUGAUGAAUUUCAAAUUUUGGAUUCUGGAAAAUCCAGAAAGAAUAAGAUUGAAGUUAUAUUUAUUACUACAGUGACUGGCAAUAUAAGAACUAGGUAAAAGAUUACAUUAAAGAUUAAGAAAAUUUUGCACACAAAACAAACUUUUCUCGUUGAGUAUCUAUAUGGUCAUUAAUCUCAGGAGGAGAUGUGAUACUGAUGCACUUUAUACUGCAAGCAAUCA